AUGUCUGCUCCGCACCCAAUCAUGAAUGAUGAUGACAAGUCGUACUGUGAAAUGCUGCUGUCGGGGCCAGAGCCACCACCCAUAGAAAGUCUGCCCUGGUUCUGCAUCUGCUCCCACUGCAAAGGCACAGUCGGACCCAAGGGCGAGCAUGGGGACAAGGGUCCGCCAGGAUGUCCAGGCAGCCCAGGCAGAAGGGGCCAAACCGGGUUCCAUGGACCUCCAGGAUUCCAGGGUCGACCAGGCCUCAAGGGACAGAAAGGCGAUGUAGGAAUGAGGGGAGGACUUGGGCCAAUGGGCUCGACGGGGGCGAAGGGCGAUCCCGGCUUGAAGGGGGAGAAGGGGACCCAGGGUCUGGAGGGACACAUCGGGUUACAGGGGCCCCCGGGCGAAGCGGGGGAGUGCAAAGAGCCGUGCGUGUCUGAGAAGGGUCCCCCAGGUUCGCCAGGGCUGCCUGGAUACACAGGACCAAGAGGACUGCCGGGGGUCCCAGGAGGUUCUGGGGUCAAGGGCCUGAAGGGAGACACAGGUGAAAUGGGUCCUGUAGGCAGGCCAGGGUCAGAUGGUGAGAAAGGGGAGCAGGGAGUGGAGGGGGCAUGUAACUGCCAGGAUGGAGUAGAUGGUGAAGAUGGGACACAGGGACCCCCAGGUCCUCAGGGGGACCAGGGGGAUGCAGGCCUUCCGGGUGUGAAAGGAGACACUGGAGAGAAGGGGGAUAUGGGAGAGAUGGGUAUGAUGGGAAUGCCAGGGCCUUGUUCUCCUGCCAUCCAAUCAUCCUUCUCUGCACUCCUGUACGAAAAUUACCCUGCCCCUCGCCGCCCAGUGCCCUUCCAAAAUAUCGUCUACAACAGACAAGGACACUUUAACCCUGAAGGUACCUAUACUGCCCCUGUCAAUGGUACAUAUGUUUUCAGCUACAACGUAGUUGCCUACGGCAAGGUGCUCAAGACGGGGCUGUUCCAUAACUACACUCCUGUAGUGAAGAGCACUGUGGUCCCUAACCUCGGAACCGUCUCACAGCAGGUAGUGCUGCAUCUGGGCACUGGUGAUAUGGUCUGGAUGCAGGUGAAGAGCUACACCACCAACGGCAUGUUCUCCAGCAACGAGCACAGCAGUUCUUUCAGCGGCUUUCUGCUCCACCCCGACACCUGUGGCAUGCCAAUGCUCCGAAUGUUCCCAGAACCCCUCCCUACACAAGAAUACGCCUGGGGUGACGAAGAUGAAACCACACCCACACCCACCCUCACACCUUAA